CGUGACAGCCAGCCAGUGCCUGCAGAUGUGCACGUGGUCCCUGGAGCGAGGCCGCCCUCCGCCGAGAGCCGCUGAUGGAGGGCGGUCCACUUCCACAGUGCCCUCGUACACGCCUGCAAAGACGUUAUCCGGAGUGUGCAGCACGGCGCGUGGGGUCGUUUAUUCCCUCACUUGUCCCUCAGCGAACACGUAUCGACAGGACUUGAGUUGGAGUGUUGUUCAGGGGAGCUGGACUGGAGGCAGACUCACUUUGUCAACUUAGAGUGGAGUCUGAAGUCUCUCGAAUCCACCUCAAUUCCCCUCAUGUUCCAUUAACUCUGUUUUUUUGGCAGGAGGGCAGGCACUGUGGUCCUCCUUUCGCUGAAGUCCCGCCUUCGCACACAGUUCCCAAUGUCAAGACUUCACGGGCACCUGCGGAGGGCGCCGUGGGUUGUACUUUGCUAUGAGCAGUGCUGCUAGCAAGCAGAGUCCUUUGUCUAGUGGGGUCGAGGUUCAGAUUCCUUGUGUAUUCUCACAUCUGCAUCAGACCCUGCUCAUCCCCAUGGUUUGCAGCGGAGGGUGUUCGUAGAUCAUGUCUGUCCAGACAUUCCUAGAAAAGAGCCGUGUCUGUGACAGUGCCCAGUAUAACCAAAAUUCAGCCCGAGCUCCUGUUAGUAUUUGAAAUGCCUUCUAAAGAGCGUUACAGAACUACAAGGUUUAGGGACCUGAGACCUUUGGACUCCUUCCGUGUGGUAAGCAAGUUGCUUCAUCUGGUGUCUUUGUUGUUUCUUUUGUUUUGAUUUUUAUUUAUUGGCACAGAAAAGCUUCGCUGGCCUGAGCACGAACUCGCUAAGAAGUCUAUCCUAAAUGCGGAAGAUUCACUGGUCGUCAGCAGCAAGAGAAGUGUGUCGCACUUGCCCCCGGGAGUGCUAAAGGACAUUUUCACCACCGGAACCAGCAGUUACAAUGUCCUGCUCCAGAGCCAGGAGGAGAAGCGACACCACGCACAGAAGCAGCCUUCCCCUGCCUACCCCAAGAGGGAGCAGCAUCGUGCUGCCGCCGAAGCCCAAGACCAAGGGCAGGCCGAGGCACCGUCUGUCCUCCCUGCCCAAGCCCAGGCAGCAGCCGCAGCUGUCUCGAAGCUUCGAGAGAGCGGACUUUUCUGGAAAGAAGUUCUGUAUAUUGACUGCGAUAAAGCCCACUAACUUGGAGAAAGAAAAACUGAAAUUCUUCAAGUCCGACUAUGCCUACAAUCCUCAGUUUGAAUAUGCAAAUCCUGCCCUGCCCAGUGUGUUGGUCAAACACAGCAACGCCUCGGACCGCUUUCUCAAGCAGGCCAUCAAUAUUAUGGAACUGACUUUACAGAAAUAUGGAAGUUAUGAAAAAUUUGAACAGGCCACGGGUGGCAGCUUGCUGUCCAAAACCCGGAUCUGGAGUCACGUUAGGAAGUACAUGGUGAAGGAGGGCUGCCUGGGUGAGAUCGUCGUCCACCUCACUGAGGACCUGCUGUCCCGAGCCUCGAUGACGGUUGUGAAUGGGUGUCCCACCCUGACCAUCAACGUCUCCACCGCCCGCGAGCACUGGCUGGAGGGGAUGCUGAGGCAUGAAAUAGGCACACAUUAUUUUCGAGGCAUCAACAACCUCCAGCAGCCAUGGAACAGCUGGACUGGCCGUAGGAAACACGAGCUAAAGCCCAACAACCCCACAGAGGAAGGCCUGGCGAGCAUCCACAGCGUCCUGUUCCGGAAGGACCCCUUCCUCUGGAGGGCCGCCCUGCUCUACUACACCGUGUUCCGCGCCAGCCAGCUGUCUUUCUGCGAGCUCUUCCGGGAUCUUGGCAAGUUCGUCAGGGACCCCAACACGAGAUGGGAUUACUGUGUGCGAGCCAAGAGAGGGUGGACUGACACUUCCCAGCCAGGGUGUUUCAGCAAAGACCAGGUGUACUUGGACGGGAUCCUCCAAAUCCUGCGCUUCAGGGAGACCAUAGACUUCCACCUGCUCACUGCCCUGGGGAAGGUCUCUUACGAGGAUGUGGACCGCCUGAAAGGACUGGCAGUCACCGAGAACAUGAGGGUCCCGCACUUCCUGCAGGACCACGGCCGGUACAUGGAGCACUUGGAGAAGAUCAUGGAGGUGAAUGAGCUGACCGACAGGGAGCUGAGGGACCUCGUCUAGCGCCAGCACCGUGCAGGCGCACGGGCGGGUUGGAAAGGAAGUGCCUGGCGCUCCGCGGGGAGUGCAGCUGGGCGCGGGCGCACUGGCGAUUGUACAGGGAGAACGCACCCCUGCUCCGCGGGGAGUGAGGCGGGGGCGGGGCACCCAGGUUAUAAAGGAAGACCCACUGGCACGCGGCUCCGGAAGACUGACCCCAGCCGUCAGUGACUUUGCAGUUAAGCCCAGACCUCGGGUCGUGCCCUCCAGUGUGUCUACAGGCUGCAGGGGUCAUUCCUCCUGCUUUCAUCUGACUCUCAAGUGUUUGCCAAGACUGGGUCACCCCGAGUGGUGGACUUGCACCGGAGCAGGGAGCCCUGGCCUCGUGCUGGCCUGAGCCGGCGCAGCCCCACCUGGAGACUCACUGGUGUCCGGUGUCACUCGUGCUCCUGGCUUUUGUCUCGUUUGACGUGUCAUUAUAAUUAUUCUCCGUGGAAACGUUAGCUUUGUGAUGCUCCAACAAGGCAGGUGUGGCUGAGAGUUUUACAUUCUCUUCCACGCUGAGUACCGUUAGAGGGAAGGAAACGCAGCGGGAAGUUUCCAUUGAGCCCUCCCCAGUGCGUGGGAAGGAGACGAGGGAAGGUCCCAUCUCGCCCAGCUGUCCCUCAAGCUGGUUCUCCUCUGCAGAAACAUACCCUGUCCUGCCCAUCAGUAAGGAGUUAGGGUCCCUCCCUGUGCGUUCGCUACACACACAAGAAGUGUCUGUUCCAGAGAGGCUUGUCCCCGCGAGCGGGAGUAAUUGGGCGAGGGGGCACUCACCUUUCUCCUGGUGGGGUCUGUAGUGAGCUGGGACGGACAGACCUGGCAUCGUGGGGCUGGCUGGCAGGUUAGCAGCUGCAGUGAGCUGGACUGUGUUCUGAAAAUGCCAUUUCUGGGUGGAGCCAGUCAGUGAGCCCGUCUCCUGAAAACGUCUCAGUGUAUUACAGCAAAAUACUGACUCCACCAUCCUGGCAGUGACCUAGUGUGAGUUUCCAUGUGAGGGCUGUCUCUCCCCUCGUGUUGUCGGCUUUCACCGUGCCAGUCUCGUACCUCCAUGGCUGGACACGCACUCAGUCCCCACACCUCACGUCGGUGGUCACGGGGGCCGCUGCUGUGGACGCCAUGUUUAAGGCCGCCCCCCCACCCCUGCCCAAAGCUGUCUGAGAAUUCCUCUGGACUCAGGUCAGGCCAAACUCUGGUGCUAACUCCCGGGAGAGGGUGCGGUGAAGCCUCCUUCCCCUCCUGGUCAUGCCCAAAUGCCCAUAGGAAACCUUUGUGGGCGAGGUCACGUGGCGUCUCCAGUCCAGAAGGGCCUGGCUCAGGAACGUGGCAGUGGGCGGGGCACGCCUUUGCUGGCCCCUGGGGGUUCCUGUAGGGCCAGGCAUCGCCCCUGGGCAGCAGAGGCCAGGCCCCUGGCAGGCUUGAAGUCCCCGCCGAUGUCACGCCGGCUGUGUGCCAGACAGGCAGGUGCCGGGCAGAGCACACCAGGAUUGCUCAGAAACCGAUGCUGACCCCGGCAGGGAUCCUGGGGCGGGGCGCAGCCUGCACUUCAGCUUCGUGGUGUUUGCCGAUGACACCAUAGGCAGACUGAUGGUGACUGCCGCGGCUCGGAGGUCCGACAGGACUGCAGUACUGCCAUCGCGUGGCGAAGCCCAAAGGCUUACAGAUCAACACUCGCAGGCAGGGAGACUGCCAACCUGACAGGACCGGUUAAGUAGAAAAGAAAUUCCCAGCGGCCUUAAUUUCUGCCGGCAGGAUUAUCUGCAGUGGUCCUUACCCUUGGAUUUUGAAAUGGGGGAUAUUCUUUGCCCGGUUCCUUGCCUUCCUGCUUCGGUACCAAGAUGAGGAACGUGGGCACCCUGCAGACAGAUGUACCUUAAAUCACAUCGAUUGUCUUAAGAUGCUGAAAGUCAGCCGUGAACCAAAAGUGGUGUCAGAAUAGCAGAAACACUGGAAGAGCUAGAAGCUUUAAAAUAUGAGAUUGGAGAGUUCAUGGAUUUUUAAAAUUUUUCUUUCCCGAAAUACCAGUAAGGUGAGUUUUGUUCCUUUAAAAUAAAAGUUUCAAUAAACAAAAAUGACAGCAACAGGACUUAGACGCAUAGCUGAAGUGCACUCAUUUCAAUACCCGUUCUCUGCCGCAGGCUGUGACAGUUAGGGCGCCACCGAUUUUGAUCAUUCCAUUCUGACCCAGUACAAACUGUGAUGAGCUGUUAGGUUUUAGCAGCAGACGGGAUUCAAAGUAAAAUGAAUGUUCGCAAACAUAAAUUUAUAGUCUUCCUUUCUUUAUAUUUCCACCGUUGUAAAACUGUCGAUUUGUACUGUCUGUUUCGUACAUCUUUGGACAUUUUGUGUCACAGUGAAAGAAAGACCACUGAGGUUCUCAACUGAAGGAUGAAGACAUAUAUGCGUAUAAAUUUCUCUUCUCUAAAAACCUUAUUUUAUUUUUAUUGUGGUAUUUCUUGUUUUAAUUGCCAGAAGGCGUGUGUGUCCACCAGAGAGAGAGAGAGAAGACCGCCCCCGGCGCAGUGUGGCCACGCUGCAGUCCCUUCUCUGUUUCUUCAUGCAGCUGCAAUUCUGGACACACAGCCCCACACCUGGCAUGUUUCUCAAGCCACUGGGGCUGGGGCUUGAACCGCAAUCACCCAUGUGGGACCUGGCUCCCUUAACCACUAAACUGAAGUGGCCACUUGGUUUUACUAUGUGGUAGUCCCUUCUCUUUCACUCUCCUCUCAGGAUUUUGGGCAUGCACAUACAUAUGCCUGGUGUGGUUUUCAAGCUGCUGGGUCUGGGACUCAAUGCGAGACCAGCCACGUGGGAAUCCAGUGCCUUAACCUCCACGCCACCUGCUGGCACCCAGGUGUCCACUUGAAACAGUAUCCGCGGGAGACACAAGCAGUUUGAAGUUCAGACCCCGUUAUGUUUGUCCAACCUAAUACCUUAGGCGCCUCUCAGGGAAAUAGGAGAGGAGGACGUAUUAAGGAGAAGUCACCAGGUCCUCUGGCCAAAGUGAAUUCCCAGCUCUGUGCCCAGUGAUGUCCCACCAGGGAGGCCCCGCUGUCCCUGGGUCAGGGGCAGAGUUUGUAACCUGAAGGCUAGAGCAUGCCGGCUGGUGGGCUUUCUCCAGUCACAGUGCAGCCCUCAUAGCCUUGGAGCUUCCUCGGUUAUCUCGUCCACGCAUUAGAGCGACAGUCACCCCACCAAGGCUUAGAUGCCACCACCCACCCCUGUCCCAGCUGCCCUGGAUUACAGGCAUGGAUGCACUGGGACCCUCGGGGGGGUGCCUGCCUGUAAACCUGGAAGCUUCCCACGUGGGUCGGCCUCAGAGCUUACAUGGACAGUGCUGGAAGCUUCCCACGUGGGUCGGCCUCAGGGCUUACACGGACAGUGUUGGAAGCUUCCCACGUGGGUCGGCCACAGAGCUUACACAGACAGUGCUGGAAGUUUCCUGCUCUGGAAUGAAAUACCUGGCUACUUCCGGUUUUCUCUCCUAGAAAAUGCGGCUCCAGACGGUGGCCCGAGGGAAGCCGAGCAGUGGCUGAGCCUUCGGUACCCACCUCUGUGAGAGCUUUGGUGCCCUGGGUCUGUACAGAAAUUAGUGUGUGUUUAUUCCGUUAAAAAUUGUAAAUGCGGGAACCAGCAGUUAGCGUAACGGCUAUGUUGCUGAACUCCUACGUAGUCGACCGCGGU